UAUAAAAUAUGUAUAUAAUUUAACUAGUUUGCUAUUGUUGGAUUCUUAGGUGGUUUCCAACUUUUUAGCUUAUAAAUAAGGCUGCUGUUAACCUAUAUUUAAAUAUUUUACAUAUCUGAAUUACUAUUUUUCAUAAAUUACUAGAAAUAAACCCUAGGUAAAUGGGUAUGACCAUUUUUAAGAGUUUUGACAAAACUUGGCUGUCAGAAAAAUGGUGCUAAUUUUUCCCCCCCAAAAGAGUAAGAAAACAUCCAUUUCUCCAUUACCACCUACAGUUGAUACUAUUUAUUUAUUUUUGGAUAGGUAAUACUUCCAUAUUAUACAAAAUUCAAAGAGCUCUAUGACACGAAGUCUUCUUCCUGUCUCAACAAGCUACCUUGUACUCUUUCAGAGUCCUGUGCUAGGACUUACUUCUUAGAUAUCCUUCCAGACAUUCUGAAUUUGGCACUUAAAAAAGGAAAAACCUUUACCAGUUUAAUAGGUUGAAGUGGUAUCUUGAAGUUUUGAUCUUUGAUUGUUAGUAAAAGUAAACAUGUUUCAUGUGUUUAUUGGCUAUUUUUAUGUCUUUUGUGAAUUGCCUGUUCAUACCCUUUGCCCAUUUUUAAAUUUAGAUGUUCAUCUUUUUUCUGAUUUUAUGAGAGCUCUUUGUACAAUGGAUGCAAACUCCUGUUAUGUUACAGUUUUCCAAACAAUUUUUAUUUUAUUUUAUAUUUUAGUGGACAUUUUCAGUUUUCACAUAGGAAAAUUUAUGUAUGUAUGUAUGGUUUUAUUUUUAUACUUGAUUCUUACCUAUUUAAAAUUUAUUUUGAAUACUGCUCAGAGAUCCCUUUAUCCCACAUGUGUUCUUGGUGGUGGAGUUGUUUUCUAUUGCUGUUAUAUUCUGAUCUCUAGUUCCCUAUUGUCAGGCAGAAAGAGCCAGAAAAUUAAGAACAUAGUUUUUGUUGGAUUGCAUGCCUAGAAAAUUAGACAGUCUACUGUACUAUGGGUGUUGGUGCCAUCUAGUGUUGUAUAUAAAAAGUGAGGUCUAUGGAAUGUUCUGUAAUUGACCAUAUGGAAUAAAUUCAGAUGAUCAGAGAAAUUUAGUGAGUUGUGGAUAUUUGGUUUAUAUUAACAAAUGACUUUAUAAAAGGAUUUUGACACAUUGUGUUGAAUCAGACAAUGCUUGAAUCAUGUUAUUUUAAACAUUAUGGAAUGACCUUUAAGAUUCCCCUAAACCUGUUUACUUUAGUGAAAACUGAAAAGUUUUAAAACAUCUGUCCAGAGCCUAGUGACUAUUAAUUUUUUAAUUCCAAAUUUAGAAAUGCUUUGGAUCUUUUGGAAUUUGUAUAUUUAUUUUAGAUUAUAAUACAUGAAGCCAGCAUUUAUUUAGUUCUGGGUAGUAUCACUUUAAAUUUCUUUCUCUGUGGACUUUCAUAUUCAUUUUUAGCAAAUUACAUGAAAUUGUAGACUUUCAAAUGCUCUUUUUUUUUCCCAUUUGAGGUUGUAUUGUCAUUCAUUUUUCUAGACUAAAGUAUUUUGCCAUGUCUUAAGAUUCAAUUUAGUAGUUAAUGUUGAAGUGCUAUAAUUUAGUCCAUAGAGGGCAUUAUGAUACUGCGUAUGGUAUUAAGCAACAUUGGUUAAUACCUUUCAGUAAUGGGACAUAUGUUUAGUUUCAUAUUUUUGUAUAGCUCAGAAUAAUUAAAUAUUUAAAUAAGUUUGAAGCUCCUGUGUAACCGUAAUUGUUUCUUUAUUAAAAAAAAAAAGAAUCUUGUUCUCUGUUUACAGAAAGUAGAAAUACUUAUUUUAGCUAUUAAGAAUGGUAUACUAGCAAUCCCCAACUUAGUAACACUUUAAAUCUAAAUGACUACCUCUUUUUCAUUUAUUUCCCUUGAUUUCUAAAUAUUGUGGGGAAAAAAAACAAAUAAAAACUUGAUUUUUUUCUGGGAUUGAGAAGUAGAGGAAGGAAAGAAAUGGAAAAGGAGGAAUAUCUUGGGAAAGCUGGCUGGAGUGGACUUACUGCUUAGGUAUUGCUGCCUAUUCCAAAAUACAGUCUUGAGUCUGAAAUCUUGCCACUUACAGAUGCAAGCCACACACACACACACACACACACACACACACACACAAUUCAUUAACAGGUUACAGAGAAAGGAAUUUUUAUUCUUUAGCAGGAAAUGAUUUAAUCAUAUGAUUCUACUGGUGAGGUUAAGUACACUAAGAAAAUGAGAGUUUUUAUUCAAGGUAUGAGGAAAAGAGAAAUCUAGGUAAUUUUAGAGCAUGAUAUCCUUUGGGAAGGAGUUAGGAUUAUGCUUGGGCAGGUUUUCAUUUAUUUUUCUCAUGCUUGGAAGAAGUACUGGGGAUGUGGAUAUUGAGGAGUGGGAAGUUGCCAAAUAUGAACUUUGAACAAUUUAUUUCAAAAGUUCUGUGUAAGGCUGAUUUUGAGUUUUAAAGAGGAAAAUGCCUUCCACUCCUCUGCAUAUACUGUAAGACUUAAAAUUAGACUGCACUUUUAUUUUACUUGCAUUGUAAAUAAAGGAAUCUUCUGUGGCCCCCUCCUUUGAAAGCCUUUACUUUUAAGGAAAAAUAGGUUUCUGUCCCAAAUAAUCAAAGUGCUGUUUUACAAGUUGGGAUGUAUCUCUUAUGUUUGAAAAUUGUCCUUGAAAGUAUUCAUUUUUUAAAAACGAAAUAUUAAAUAUUUGAAGGAAAACAAAAUAUGAAGGUAAGUUUCUAACAGAUUUAUGUCCUUUAUUUGUCUGUUAUGUUGGGAUUUAAUGUUGGACCUAUAAACUCUCCCUAUAAAAAUUUUUCUGAGCUGGAGUAUAAUAGAACUGUGUAGCAAAGUAUGUGUGUGCAUGUGUGUGCGCAUGUGCUUGCGCUUGUUUACAAAGGUUUUGGGUUAGUCCCUAGAAUGGCUUAAUAUAUAUGCUUUUUUAGAUGUGGUUUAUGUACCUCGUCCCUACUAGUUUGACUAUUAUUUGUAGCAUAACAAUAAUGUCUAAGGCUUAUAUAGGGCCUACUUUUUGUCAGGCCACUGUCCUAAGGCCUUUUGCUUACACUAACUCAUUUGAUCCUCACUAUAAGCAUAGCCCAUAUGGUUUUAUAUUUUUAACAGAUUUGUAUUAUUUAUUGUGUAUUUAUAUUUAAUCACUUUUUUGCUUAACUAACCAAACUGAACCCUUUUAAAACUUUUUAAGAAAGAAAUGGGCAAAUGUCACUUGAUUUACAUGAGUUAGUUUUUCCUGUAAACUUAGUAGUUUCAAUUGCAAAGAUCUUAAUAAUUAAAGAAUUAGAUAUCAUUAUAUAAGAUCAAACUUUAAGGCUCCUGUUUUGACUUUUAAUCUACCAGGGGAGCUUUUAAGUGUAUUUAAUGUUUUUUGUUUGUUUGUAAUGUUUUAUUUAUUUUUGUGAGAGAGAGAUAGUGCGGGCAGGGGAGGGACAGAGAGAGGAGACAGAAUCCGAAGACAGGCUCCAGUCUCUGAGCUAGCUGUCAGCAGAGUCCGAUGUGGGGCUUGAAUUCACUCAGGAAUCGUGAGAUCACAGCCUGAGCCUAAGUCAGAUGCUUAAUUGACUGAGCCACCCAGGUGCCCCAAGUGUAUUUAAUAUGUAGGUAAAUGGUUAUUAUUACACAUUCUUGCUCUCUGAGACUGUUAUUAAAUAUUUUGAGUCAAAUCAAGUACCAGCGCAGGUGAAAAGUAUAAAUGGUAAAUACCUUUGUCUCAAGAAAUCUUUUUUCCCCCCUCUCUCCUAUUUGUGUAGUAAUCUCUGACUUGAAAACAGUUUGGGUACUAUUUUUGAGUGCUUUAUUCUAAUACAAAAGUAUUUACAUGUCUUCAGUUUCAAAGGAUUCAUUGUUAGAAAAUAAGUAUUAUGGAAAUAUUUUAUACUUACUGAACAGUUUGAGAUUUCAAACUAUUGUUUGGAGAAGCCAGACUUUUUUAGCCAUAGUAUAACUUAGCAACAGAGUUGUCAAAUACUCCAUUAUGCAUAGGUCCAUUGAAUAAAAUUUAAAGUUAGGUAUUAACUUUUAAGCUUAGAAUAGUAGACUCUUUAAAAAUUACUUUGCUUUUUUUAUGUAUGGAGUUAGAAAUGCAGAUAGUGAAAGAACUGAGUCCUUGACCAGGCCACUUCUGAUACUAAGGAUUUUGCAGAGUUUUUUACAGGAAGUUCCAGAAAAUAUUAUACCAAUUUCAGUGUAGCUAUGUAGUCUUAAGAAGUAUAGUACAUAGACUAUAUAUCUUAUAAUACUUCAUUAUAUUACACAUUUUAAAAUGUUUUAGCUGAUUUCUCAUUUUAUGUUGCCCUUUGCUUGGUUAAACACUGAAUCAGUUCAGCCAGUUGUGGAACAUUUGUAAAGACAUAAUUUUCUGCACUGGAAUGAAUGUCAGUUUUAUAUAGUUGAGCAAAAAUUUCAGAAAUUCUAUGUAUAGAUUUGUUUUUGUAUUUUUCAGUUCAAUUCUGGUUUGGUCUUAGGUCAUUUUCCCAAGGCAAAUGAUAUAAUUAGCACAUGAAUAUUUCUCUUCAAGCUGGGUCUAUUAAUAGUACCUGCAGUAAUGUUUGAUAGAUAUUUAUUGAAAGAUUGAGUUGUAGCAGGUGAUGAUUAGGAAUAAAUGUGUAUUCUUAAGUCUGGAUUUCCAUAAUUGUAAAAGAAGAAAAACUAGAGAACAUUACAUUAGAAAGAUGAGACUCCCGAGAUAAAAUAAAACCUUUUUUCUUUUGAAGUAGCAUACACUGAGUAAACAUUAAUAAUUUGACUUUGUGAUUCUCUACUUAUACCCUCAUAAGGAUACAAAAUGCUGAAUGCUCUAAGCCUUAAUAAACGGGAGAAAGUAAGAAGAGAUUCAGCAUUUCCCAGGGUUGAAAUUUAAGCUAUUACUUUUCUUUGGAUCAGUCCAUUUUUAUCUUAUUAGAUAACUAUUGAUUUUAGAGUUUUAAAUGAGACAAAACCAGCAGCAUAAUUCACCCAUGUACGAAAAGAAAAAACUUGCAUAUGGCUGUAAGUACAUUUCGCAUAUAAUCAAUGGUUAACUGUGUCACAAGAACAACCUUCCUUUCCUUUCUUUGGUAGCACUCCCCUCCCCCUGCAAAAGUAGCUCCCUUUGGUAUGAGCAACAAGCAAAAGACUAGAACAAUAAACACAUAGGAAGAAGGCGGUAGUGCCUGAGUAUUAGUAGCCUAGUUACAGAUUGCACUGCGUCAGACUGUUCCACACCCAGAAGACGUCAGGUGACUUCAGUCCUGCUGCAGUUGUGCAGCAGAGACUGCAGACUUCGGUUGAGGAAACGGAUAUUUCAUGUCUCACAGGGUAGAUUUGUGCAGUUGCAGCUUUUCUGUUGGUAUGCAUAAUUGAUAAUUGCAUCUGGAGGGGGCAGAUCGUGACAAGAGAUGGACUGUCAGAAGAAAAAUUGGAAGGAUAAGGUUGUUGACCUCCUCUACUGGAGAGACAUUAAGAAGACUGGAGUAGUGUUUGGUGCCAGCCUGUUCCUGCUGCUUUCAUUGACAGUAUUCAGCAUUGUGAGUGUAACGGCCUACAUUGUCUUGGCCCUGCUCUCUGUGACUAUCAGCUUUAGGAUAUAUAAGGGUGUGAUCCAAGCUAUCCAGAAAUCAGAUGAAGGCCACCCAUUCAGGGCAUAUUUGGAAUCUGAAGUUGCUAUAUCUGAGGAGUUGGUUCAGAAAUACAGUAAUUCUGCUCUUGGUCAUGUGAACUGCACAAUAAAAGAACUGAGACGCCUCUUUUUAGUUGAUGAUUUAGUUGAUUCUCUGAAGUUUGCAGUGUUGAUGUGGGUAUUUACCUAUGUUGGUGCCUUGUUCAAUGGUCUGACACUACUGAUUUUGGCUCUGAUUUCACUCUUCAGUGUUCCUGUUAUUUAUGAACGGCAUCAGGCGCAGAUAGAUCAUUAUCUAGGACUUGCAAACAAGAAUGUUAAAGAUGCUAUGGCUAAAAUCCAAGCGAAAAUCCCUGGAUUGAAGCGCAAAGCUGAAUGAAAAAGCCAGGAAUCAUUAACAAUAGUUUAUCUUUAAAAGGGGAUAUUCAUUUGAUUACAUGGGGGAGGGUCAGGGAAGAAGGAAACCUUGACAUUGCAGUUUCACAGAUCUUUAUUUUUAGCAAUGCGGUGUCUGAGGAAAAUUACCUGUCUUGACUGCCAUGUGUUCAUCAUCUUAAGUAUUGUAAGCUGCUAUGUAUGGAUUUAAACCGUAAUCAUACUUGUUUUUCCGAUAUGAGGCACUGGUGAAUAGAAAAAGAUCUGAGUAAGCUGUAUAUUACACUUUGUUGCAGGUAGUCUUGCUGUUUUUUGGGAAUUGCAGAGAAAGUGAAGCUGAAAAAAAUAAUCCUUUUCACAGUUUGUGCACUGUGUAUGGUCUGUGUAGAUUGAUGCAGAUUUUCUGAAAUGAAAUGUUUAGACGAGAUCAUACCACUAAAGCAAGAGUGAAAAAGCUUGCCUUUCUGGUAUGUUCUAGGUGUAUUGUGAAUCUUACUGUUAUAUUAAUUGCCAAUAUAAGUAAAUAUAGAUUAUAUAUAUAUCUAUAUAUAGUGUUUCACAAAGCUUAGACCUUUACCUUCCGGCUACCCCACCACAGUGCUUGAUAUUUCAGAGAGUCAUUGGUUAUACGUGUGUAGUUCCAAAGCACAUAAGCUAGAAAAAGAAAAUCUAUUUCUAGGAGCACUACCAUCUGUUUUCAACAUGAAACGAUGCCAUGCACAUAGAACUCCUCAGCAUAAACUUCAUUGCACAGACUUACUGUAGUUCAUUUUGUCACAGACUCUGAAUCUAUGGACUGAAUCUAAUGCUUCCAAAAACGUUGUUUGCAAAUAUCAAACCUUGUUAUGCAAAAAAUUAUAAAAUGAAGAUUUAUACAUUUGUGGUUUAAGCUGUACUGAAUCUGUGGAAUGCAUUGUGAACUGUAAAAGCAAAGUAUCAAUAAAGCUUAUAGACAAAA